AGCGGCUCAAAAAUCCGCACCUCGUAUCUAUCACAUCCACGACACUGAACUUCUUCUGAUAUACACACACUGGACACAUCCUGCUGCAUGGGCAUAUAAUCUCUAUCUAUACUGCUCGCUACGACGCUCUUUUUUGGCAUUUAUCACACCUCGUUUCAAUUCUUCAGCCCAUGACUUGACUCUCUCUGUUCAAUUCUAUAUCGUCCUGCGGGCCUGGGUCGUUGAAGUGUGUAGCGGUCAGUUGACGUGGUUUCUAAAAUUUUCCUACUCGUACUCUCAGCAUGGGCUUGGAUAAUGAUGCCCGGGGAUGGAUUAUGAGCUGCGUCAGUGGUAUUGCUUGCAUGCUGGGGGCAAGUAUUAUCUUUGUGGAUGUCAUUGCGAGGAACUGCUUUGGGUUUAAGAACUUCAAGAUCGCCGAUAGUAUUGGAUUUCUGUCCUCUUCGCUGAGUUUGAGUGCAGGAGUCUUGCUUUUCACCUCCCUCUACAGCAUGUUGCCAACAUCAAAAGACUACUUUAUUAAAGCUGGAUUCUCUUCUAGCGCAGCUACAUCCGCAUUAAUCGGACUCUUCUUGGCUGGGGUGGUUAUCAUACAGCUCGUUUCUUCCUUCAUCCAUCAUCAUAUCCCAUCCCACGUGGUUGACUGUAUGCACACGCAUGAACACAUUCUAAACGGACAGGAGACGGGAAAUGCGAGUAUCGAAGAACAUCAUCACCAUUUCCAUGCUGAGUCCAAUCCUGCGCUGAAAUCACCGACCACCGCUGCAACUGAACGUACGUCAUUGUUGCCCCGCGACGCCCUAUCUGGAGUCCCGUCCGCCCAGCCUUCUACCCACAAUACUCAGGCUGUAAAAACAUUUGUCCCGGCCUCAAAAUUACCGCUCACUUCCCGCCUAAAACUUCAAAUCAGCUCUCUUGUCCGCGGGGACAAACCUUUCUGUGACCAGGACGGCCCCUGCUAUGGUAUCUCUCACGUAUGUGGAAAGGAAUGCACUAAAGUUGUAGCUCAGAGGAGAGCGAAACAUAUGGUAUCCCGGGAUAACAUUAUAAGCCCGCAAACCCUUGAAGCAGCGGGUGGUGGUAUUCACAAUGCCGAACCUCUCUCACGCUCCGUAUCAGACAUCAAUCAGUCAAGAGCUGUGUCAAGAGACGGAAAUGCAUCCCUUGGAAUCCAUGACCUCGGCGGCUACAUUGACGACCAGGACCUUCUACCACCCCACUCUUCAGAUUCAUUUACCCACCAUCACCACGUCCCGCAAAACGCGUUCCUAGCCAUCGGCCUCCAAACGUCACUAGCGAUUGCCCUCCACAAACUGCCUGAGGGCUUCAUCACCUACGCAACAAACCACGCAAGUCCGACCCUAGGAUUCUCAGUCUUCAUGGCGCUUUCCAUCCACAACAUCACAGAGGGAUUCGCAAUGGCACUCCCUCUCUACCUAGCCCUCCAUUCGAAAUUGAAAGCUAUGCUCUGGUCCAGCUUGCUAGGCGGUGUGAGCCAACCGGCCGGCGCCGGACUCGCGGCCUUAUGGAUAUGGGGCGCGGGAAUAGCCAAGGGUGGUGGUGCCAGCAACGGUGUUGUUGAUGAUACUGACAACCUGUCCUGGGCUGUUUACGGGGGCAUGUUUGCCUCAACAGCUGGCGUGAUGACGAGUGUUUCCCUACAACUCUUUUCUGAAGGGUUGGUGUUGUCGCAUAAUAGAUCGCUCUGCAUCGCAUUUGCUUUUUUGGGGAUGGGUAUCUUGGGCUUCAGUUUCGCGUUAACCGAAUGAGGAGGAUGAAGACGAAGGAUAGUGCAUGGGCAAGGGAUAACGUUCUUCACGAUGUGGGAUGUGAUUCAUGAUUUUCUUUUGUUGUUUAUUUACGAUGCUCUACAUGCGAUAUAUCGUCAACUUGACGGACAAAACAUGGUACCAUUCUUCUCUAGCAUUUUUGGGUCAUGGGGUUAAUGAGACACGUCCAAUUUUCUGCACUUGGUGAGCAGGCAUUCUCAGAUUACGUCCAGCGGCGCUUUUGUGCUCCUUAUCUUUAUAUUUAUAUAUUUUCGUUCUUCCUGUCGAAACUUUCCUUCGGGUUUUCUGUUCUCAAAUAAGGAUGCAUGGAGUUGGAUAGAUUAGAUUAGAUUAGCUAGGAUAUAGUUUAUAUAUCUCUAAAUGGAUAAUCACAAUAUGCAUCAUGUUAAGACUCAGUAGUGAGAAAUGAACCCAGCCGUUUUCCAGUGGCCGCCGUUAAUGAUACGGCCAGUUUUAAAAAGUGCCAUAUAUGUGUACAUAGCAAACGCGGAAUCCCAAUCUCGCUGCCAUU